AAAAUCUCUCAUCAUUCAACAUUUGUCUGAAACUCACUCGCUCACCCUCCUUUCUUUGUCCUGAAAAUUUUUUCUUGAGGAAAAAAACAAUUCAUCUUUCACUUAAUUCCGUGCCUUGAAACUGUGGCCCUUGUUUUCUUUUCCUGCUUCCCAUGGAAGCUUCAGCUGCUUCACCUCCAGCUGUUGCGGUGACGGCAGCAGCAGCAGCAGCUGAGGAUUGUUGUGUUAAGGUUGCGGUGCAUAUACGACCUCUCAUCGGCGACGAGAAAGUCCAAGGUUGUGAAGAUUGUGUCACUGUCGUCCCGGGGAAGCCGCAGGUGCAAAUAGGGGCACAUUCUUUUACCUUUGAUCAUGUCUAUGGGAGCACAGGUACUCCUCCCUCUGCUAUGUUUGAAGAAUGUGUUGCUCCUCUGGUUGAUGGCUUAUUCCAAGGAUAUAAUGCUACUGUUCUUGCUUAUGGCCAGACAGGAUCUGGUAAAACAUAUACAAUGGGUACAAACUUGAAAGAUGGUUACCAAACAGGAAUCAUUCCUCAAGUUAUGAAUGCUUUGUUCAGCAGGAUUGAAACUCUGAAACAUCAAACAGAAUUCCAGUUGCAAGUUUCAUUUAUUGAGAUUCUGAAAGAAGAAGUGAGGGAUUUGCUGGAUCCUACUUCUUCAAGCAAAGCAGAUAGUCCAAGUGGAAAUACUGGGAAAGUAACUGUGCCUGGAAAACCACCAAUACAAAUACGUGAAUCAUCAAAUGGAGUUAUUACUCUGGCAGGAUCUACCGAAGUUAGUGUCAGUACACUGAAAGAAAUGGCUGCUUGCCUUGAACAAGGGUCAUUGAGUAGGGCAACAGGGAGUACAAACAUGAACAAUCAGUCAAGUCGCUCACAUGCGAUCUUCACCAUCACCUUAGAGCAAAUGCGGAAACUCAAUCCAGUUGUUUCCGGAGAUGGUAAUCCCAUUGAAACUAUGAAUGAAGAUUAUCUCUGUGCCAAGUUGCAUCUGGUAGAUCUUGCUGGAUCUGAACGAGCAAAACGAACAGGUUCUGAUGGGUUGCGUUUUAAGGAAGGGGUUCAUAUCAAUAAGGGACUUCUUGCUCUUGGUAAUGUUAUCAGUGCACUUGGUGAUGAAAAAAAGCGCAAAGAAGGUGUUCAUGUUCCAUAUCGAGACAGUAAACUCACACGACUUUUGCAGGAUUCACUUGGUGGUAACAGCAGAACCAUUAUGAUAGCCUGCAUUAGUCCAGCUGAUAUCAAUGCUGAGGAAACACUUAACACUUUAAAGUAUGCGAAUCGUGCCCGCAAUAUCCAAAACAAGCCUGUUGUUAACCGAGAUCCUAUGACCAAUGAGAUGCUAAAGAUGCGCCAACAACUAGAGUAUUUGCAGGCAGAACUUUGUGCACGUGGGGGCUCUGAUGAAGUGCAGGUCCUCAAGGACAGAAUUGCUUGGCUUGAAGCUGCUAAUGAGGAUCUCUGCCAAGAACUCCAUGAGUACCGAAGCAGAUGCACCGUCAUAGAGCAAUGUGAAACAGAUGCACAAGAUGGCAGUCCUUGUUCUGUCAAAAGUGAUGGACUAAAGGGGAGCUUGCAAGGCAUAGAGUCACCUGAUUAUCAUAUGAGUGAAACUGUAAUAGGUGAUUCCAGGGAAAGUGACGAUGACGUAAGCAAAGAAUGGGAGCACACACUUUUGCAAAAUAGUAUGGACAAAGAGUUGCAUGACUUGAAUAGACGUUUAGAGGAGAAAGAGUCCGAGAUGAAGCUUUUUGGAGGUGAUCAUACUGUUGCACUUAAGCAACAUUUUGGAAAGAAAAUUCAGGAAUUGGAAGACGAGAAAAGAGCUGUACAGCAAGAGAGGGAUCGUUUAUUGGCUGAAAUUGAAAACCUGGCUGCUAGUUCUGAUGGGCAAACUCAAAAAUUACAGGAUAUCAAUUCUCAGAAACUAAAAGCACUUGAGGCACAGAUUUUGGAUCUUAAGAAAAAACAAGAGAACCAGGUUCAACUUUUAAAGCAGAAACAGAAGAGUGAUGAAGCAGCAAAAAAAUUACAAGAGGAAAUUCAAUUUAUAAAGUCACAAAAGGUUCAACUGCAAAAUAAAAUAAAACAAGAGGCAGAACAGUUUCGACAGUGGAAAGCCUCACGAGAAAAGGAGCUGUUACAGCAGCUGCGGAAGGAAGGCAGAAGAAAUGAGUAUGAAAGGCAUAAGCUGCAAGCUUUGAAUCAGCGCCAGAAAAUGGUCCUCCAAAGAAAGACAGAGGAGGCUGCAAUGGCAACCAAGAGGCUAAAAGAGUUGCUUGAAGCUCGUAAAUCUUCUGUGCGGGACAACUUAGCUAAUUCAAAUGGAAAUGGAAUGAACGGGCAGACCAAUGAGAAAGCAUUGCAACGUUGGCUGGAUCACGAGCUAGAAGUCAUAGUGAAUGUGCAUGAAGUUCGUUUUGAAUAUGAGAAGCAAAGCGAAGUGCGAGCUGCACUAGCAGAAGAGUUGGAUAUGCUGAAGCAAGUAGAUGAGUUUGCUUCAAAGGGGCUAAGCCCUCCCAGAGGAAAGAAUGGAUUUGCUAGGGCAUCCUCCAUGUCACCAAAUGCAAGAAUGGCUAGGAUAUCUUCACUUGAGAGUAUGCUAAGCAUAUCAUCUAAUUCACUCGUAGCAAUGGCUUCACAACUCUCAGAGGCAGAAGAGCGGGAGCGUGCAUUCACUAACCGCGGACGUUGGAAUCAAUUGCGCUCAAUGGGAGAUGCAAAGAGCUUGCUUCAAUAUAUGUUCAAUUCUCUUGCAGAUGAAAGGUGCCAGUCAUGGGAGAAAGACAUUGAAAUUAAGGAAAUGAAAGAGCAGCUUAAGGAACUUGUAGUUCUGUUACAACAGAGUGAGUUACGAAGAAAAGAAGUUGAGAAGGAGCUGAAACUGAGAGAGCAAGCUGUUGCUCCUUCAUUGGCCACAUCAGCUUCAGUGAGUUCAUGUCACUUUAUUCUGGUUGGACGUGAACAGGAGAACUCGCCCAAUUCAAUAAAACACUUUGCGGAUGACACAAGUGGUCCAUUAUCUCCAAUGCCUGUGCCAGCACAGAAACAGCUUAAAUAUAGCCCAGGCAUUGCUAAUGGCCCAGCCAGAGUGUCAGCAGCAUUCAUAGAUCAAACUCGAAAGAUGAUACCACUUGGGCAGUUGCCAAUGAGAAAAUUAGCAGCUAUAGGACAGGCUGGGAAUGGAAAACUAUGGAGGUGGAAGAGAAGCCAUCACCAGUGGCUUGUACAAUUCAAAUGGAAAUGGCAAAAACCGUGGAGACUCUCAGAAUGGAUUAGGCACAGUGAUGAAACGUUGAUGAGGACAAAACACCGUCCCCAUGCUCUUCUGCCUAAGACAGCCUGAUGUUCUACGGUUGCCAGAUUGUGGCAGUCACAUCAAUCUUUGACCUGUAAAUAUGUUCCCAUUUCAAGGGGCAUGGAAGAGCACAGGAAUGGAUGCAGCCGUGCAGUGUGUUUGAAGUGGCUGCUGAAGCUCUACCUUAGGUUAGCUAUACGUUGGAAUUCUUUUUAUUACGUUUGUAGCCCUCAAAUUUUUUUUAUGUCGUUACUGCAUUCGGAGCAUCAUGUAAAGAGCCGUUGAUGCUGCCGAUGUUUCUGCAAAUACGUCAAGAAGAUGCCCGGAGGGUAAAGAUGGGUUGGUCUGUGAUGCAUUGGCAAAGAAGCCACCCUGCUUUGGCCCAGCUCUAAGGUUUUGGUGUACUUUCCAUCAAUAACAACACUUGCAGGGAACAAAAUUUCUCCCUAGCAGUAGAAAUUUGCAUUAAAGGUGCAGUCUAGUGGCAUCUAUUACAUCAUUUUACCCUGAUUUGUAAUAUUCUGGCUCGUUUGUUUCAUAAUUGUACUGGGUGUAAGCACAAUGUUGAGAUUUUGAUGAAAGUUCUGAGUUGUGUAGUAUUUUCAAUUAUUAUACAAGAAAUUACAGCAUAGUUCCGUGACCCUGCACAAGCUUCGACAACUUCCUAGAAUUAUAAUGACAACAUAAAUGCUUUGAAGAAAA